UUUGCCAUGAUGUAAAUCAUCUCUCGUAUCUCUACUCCUCUCGGACAAUACGCAUCGUAGUUACCAAAACAGUGGGUGGUCAAUUGAUUCGUCUCUCCGUUACGAGGAUGAUGAUGAUGGACAUGGGCAUGUACGGGACCUACGGCAAACCUGACUCAUAUCCUAACUAUGUGUUUUCGGGUCAAGGAAAUCAUCACCAUCAUCACCAUCAUCAGCCCUCAUCUGUCGGUGGUCACGUGUCGGUGUCUCCUUCCCCAGAAGUAGCUCCAACUCAUUAUUAUCCUCAAACUGCAGUGGCGCCAUAUUCUUCAUCGUCUUCCGAGAGUUUCCUAACCGCCGAUUCGGGCACGUCGUCCAGUACGCCGCCUCAAGGCUUUUACUCUCCGACGGGUGCCGUUCUCCACGAGAACGGCUCCACCACGGCGAUUAUCUCUUCGGAGAAUGGUCUAAGCUACACCAAUCUAGAUUAUGCGUCGUCUUCAUCAUAUCCGAAUCAACAACAACAUGCAGUAGCCUCAGUGGAUCCACAUCAAAAUUAUCACGUUCAACAGCCUGCUUACCGGGAGGAUCAUCAUCACCAUCACCAUCAUCACCAUUCAUCUAGCAGCAGCAGCCUUCAUCAAAUCACGGUACCCCCAACUAGUCAUCCAAGAACGGAACAUGAUCAGCAACUCCAUCAUCAAUCCUCUAGUCAUCACCACCACCAUCACCAUCAUCAUGAAUCCGAUUAUCCAAUAGCAGUUGGUGGAACCUCGAAUUAUCUUCAUCAACUAUCCUCUUCGGAUGAAUCUUUGCAUUAUCAAACGCAGAUUCAACAGAGCGAGUUUUCCACACAUCCGUCGGGGCAUUAUAAAGAAGAGAAUUCGGACACAACUACUUAUCACGUUCUACAGCAGUCCAGUCAUCUUCAGCAUCCCCAUCAGCACGGGCAUCAUCAUCAUCAUCAUCAGCAACAUUCGCACACUCAUCAUGCGCAGCAGCAACAACAACAGCAGCAGCAACAGGCACAAGUGCCCACCUACAAGUGGAUGCAGGUCAAGAGAAACGUACCCAAGCCAGUCGCGACGAAAGCAAAUCCUAACGUAAUCGAGUUUGGUGGCAGCGCAACCGCAGGAUCAAGCUCGUCUGUGUAUGGGAGUACUGCCAGCGGAACAGUGAGCUGCAUCGCUGGUUCGUUGGCUGGUAUUGCUGGUAAUUUCAACAAUACCGGCCGUACAAAUUUUACAAAUAAACAGCUCACCGAAUUGGAGAAGGAGUUCCAUUUCAACAAAUACCUGACGCGAGCAAGACGCAUCGAGAUCGCCUCCGCGCUGCAGCUUAAUGAGACGCAGGUGAAAAUUUGGUUUCAAAACAGACGAAUGAAGCAGAAAAAGCGUAUAAAGGAGGGUCUACUACCGGCGGACAGCACAAAUGUGACACCUCUGAGCGGUGCUAGAAGCAGCAGCAAUUCCCCGACGGGCUCGUCCAGCCACGAAAUCGGCAGUCUUGGCUUGUCCAGUUUCACUAGCGACAAUAGUAGGGAAUCACCUCCAUCUUCCAAGGAUUGACGCGCCUUUUGCUGCAGUAACGAGCGGCACUAUGGUCUAUGAUUCGAUUAGUACAGCUCAAUGAUUGAUGAUGAAUCGGAGCUAAUAAAAAUUUAAUAAGAAUCAUGGCAACUUACUGCAGCCACGAGUCAUUUUCUAAUUCACUAUUUCAGGCUGCAUCAUAAAAAUACGACAGAUGAGUUAAGACAAGUAAUGUCAUUCUGUAUCCUGAAAGUAGAGGUAUGUGAUAUAUGUAUAUACGGGACGCAACUAUCCUCCCGUUUCUAGACUAUAGAAUAUGACAUUAAUUGUGCUUUAAUUCCAUCAUAUUGUACGAUUCAUCUGGAUUCAAACAUUAUGAAGGAAAAAUUACGGUCACCACAAAAUUUUAAUACGAUUUCAUAUUAUAUUAUUGUAUUAUGUUGCUAUCUCCGAGGCAUCUUAUCGUCCCGACUUUUAGUCUUUUCAAUUAGCACAUUACAGAUUGUAGAAUGUACAUUAACAUUAUUAUUUAUUUGCAUGCAGCGUUGUACGUAUUACGUUAGUUUUUUUAAUGCAUCUUAAAAUUGUAUAAGUUUGAAUUCAAUCUUUCGCAAUUCACAUUCUCCCCAAGGUUACCACAUACCUCAGUUUAUGAUAUUUAUAGUUA